GUAUACCUACGCCGUAUAUCCUCUCCCCCCUCUCUUUCUUCCCUUCUCUCUACCAAAAACCUUCGGUCUCUUGGUCGCCCAUGGCGAGCUCGAUCGAGCCCUAGACUUCCUUUCGAACCACGCGAGGCCCCAAUACCCCAGAAUCCUAGCCCCAUUUCGCUUUCCGCAAUUCCACCGGCCUUUGGAUCCUUCGCGAGGACGGCUUCCUCGCCAUCGCUUGAUCUCCAAGCACCAGAUCCAGAAUUAGGUACGAGCGUGGCGAGCUGUCCCUCUUCCCCCUGCACUCCCUCUCCACUCCUAGGGUUUCAGUUCCAGUCUUCUCCUGAAUCUAGCAGGAUCGUCCCGGAAGUCCAGCCGCCGGUGCUGAGGUCUCAGAAAGGAAAUGGGCUACAUGAUAUUGGUCGUGUGGCUCGUGGGAGAUAAUUAAAGACGAAAGGUGGUGUUUUUAGCUGUUAAUUAGCUGAUUCUGGAACAAUGUCGAGGAUUCCGAAGUGGAAAACUGAAAAGACAAAAGUGAAAGUGGUUUUUCGACUACAGUUUCAUGCUACACAUAUUCCUCAGCCUGGAUGGGACAAAUUAUUUGUGUCCUUCAUCCCAGCUGAUGUAGGAAAAGUGACUGCAAAGACGAACAAAGCAAAUGUGAGGAAUGGAAACUGUAAAUGGUCAGAUCCAAUCUAUGAAACUACAAGACUUCUGCAAGACUCAAGGUCCAAAAAGUAUGAUGAGAAGCUCUAUAAGCUUGUGGUUGCCAUGGGAUCCUCUCGGUCUAGUCUUCUUGGGGAGGCGAACAUCAACCUUGCCAACUUUGCAGAUGCACUGAAGCCUUCCUCUAUUGCAUUACCUCUUCAUGGUUGCGACUUUGGGACAGUUUUACAUGUCACAGUACAGCUUCUCUCCUCCAAAACUGGCUUCAGAGAAUUUGAACAGCAAAGGGAGCUCAGUGUAAAGGGAUUUCAGACAACAUCAAGCCAGAGAAGUCAUGAUCCAGCCGAAAUUGUACCAGCUUCAUCAGAGGUUGCCAGUGACCUGACAGACAAGGUUAAUGCAAGGGUCAGGUUCAGAGAAGAUUUUGCAGGGCUUCCCUCACUUGAAGAGGCAGGGGAGUCAAAUGAAGAUUAUGAAGACUCAGCUGCGGGAGUUGAUGGUUCAUCAUACACAUCAGACAGUUUAUAUGCUGAAAAGAAUGAUAUUCCCAACACACAUGAAAUCGAUAACUUUAAGAGGACAAUAUCUGGUGAUGUAGGUGAGUUUACCCUCGGUCAGAUUCAGAGCCCUAGACCCGAGAAAGAGGACCAGCAUGGGAGUCAGCUUUCUACGCAAGGGAGCACUGAUUGGAGACAUGGGUGGAGUUCAGACUACUCUGUUGACAAUGAUCUAGCCACGGCUUAUGAAGAAAACAACAGACUCAGAGUAAGAUUGGAGGUAGCUGAGUCAGCUUUUUUACAGCUUAAAAUGGAAGCAAGGUCAUUACAACACAUCACUGAUGAAUUAGGUGCCGAAACACAAAACUUGGCUCAACAGCUUAGUGUUGAGCUUGCUUCUGGAGAACAGCUGACUAGAGAAGUCUCCUUAUUAAAAUUGGAGUGUUCAAAACUUAAAAAUGACCUUGAAGAAAUAAAAUCUGUUAAAGUCAAGCAGCAAAUUCCUGAAAGGAGAAAUACUUUUCCACCAAAGAUGACAUAUGACUUGGCAGAUACUUCAUUUGAUGACAAGCUUGGGGGUAAUGUUCUUUCUGCAGAUCAAGACUGUAUGCUUCAUAAUUUGCGGGUCAAAUGGCUCCAGGAUCUGUUACUUAUUGAGGAUAAAGUUCGAGAAAUUCAAAACAAGGCUUGCCUCGGAUGCCAUGGAAGUGAUUUUGAUUUUCUUCAUGGUGAUUUUGAGGUUCUAGAAUAUGUUCUCAAUAAUCUUAAGCAAGGUAUUGUUAAAGGAGAGGGUCUAGAAAGAUCUUGCAGCGACUAUCAUUGUCCAGAAGUUAUGGUUCAUGCUUUAAGUGGUUCUCAUCAAGUAUUCCAUGAACAUGAGCCUCUGAGGAAGAAUCUUGAUGCUGCAACCAAGAUGGAGGAGAAAAUGUGUGAACUCUUACAGAAACUGGAGGAGUCCAAAACUGAGAAGGAAAAUCUCAUGAAAAAAAUGGACCAGAUGGGUUGCUACUACGAAGCAUUUAUUCAGGAAGUUGAGGCUAAUCACAAGCAAGCACUAAAGGAGCUGGAAACCUUUAGAAAUGAACAUUCAUCUUGUCUUUAUACAAUAUCUGUUCUCCAAGGUCAGAUUGAAGAAAUGAAUGAACAGUUGAUGAGGUUCGCUGAAGAUAAGGAGAGCUUAGAAUCUCACGGCAAGGAGCUUGAGAGAAGGGCUAUUGCUUCAGAAACCGCCCUUAAAAGGGUUCGUCAGAACUACUCUGUAGCAGUUGAUCGUCUACAGAAAGACCUCGAAUUACUCUCUUUCCAGGUUUUGUCCAUGUAUGAGACAAAUGAAAACCUUGCAAAGCAAGCCUUCACAGAUUCUCCUCAACUCUUUUAUGAGCAUUACCCUGAAGAAAAUUCAGAAGAGGCACGAUCAUGCAUGCACAAGGAUCAUGUGUUGACUUCAUUUCACCAGGAGCAGUCCAAGCCAGUUUUUGCUAGAAUUCAGGCUGAAACUGUAUCUACAAAAGCUGAACUUGAAUCAUCUCUACUGCAGAAUGGUGUAUCAGAGCAUAUCAGCUACAAAAUGGAUGGUAAAGUCUCACAGACAGGCAUGCCCACAAACAUUGAAGUGCAACUCAAGGAUGAAGCAUAUGAACGUGAAAUUAUUCAGGCGAAGAAAGAUUUUGUAUUUUGUGUUAAUCUGUCUCCAGAGACAGAGAGAAACAAAAAACUUCCUGAAAGAUUCAUCAGCCAUAACUCUAAGCAUGAUCCUCAAUUACCUCAUAAAGCUGAACCUGUUCAGACAUGUACUGAAGUAGGCAACCUCCAAUUGGAUGAUGAAAAUAGCAUAGAAGAGAUGGGGUUAUCGUUUCAUAAGCUGAAAGAGCUUCUCUCAGAAACAGAAGCUGAACUCUCAGAAAUGAAUAUGCAUAACAUGCACUGGAAAGUUUUCUCAGAGGUUUUACAGGAAACUCUGUGUGAUGUAUAUGACGGGAUAAGGCACUUGAAGGACAAGAUGGUCGAACUUGCACAGCAGCUAGAACAUUCAACUGACAUGAAGGAAUUGUUGAUGCUGAAGCUGGCAAAUGCAUUGGAUGAGGCCAGAAUAUUGAGGGAGGAUGAAGCUAAUUGCAUCUCUAAAUGUGAUGAUUUGUCAAUGAAAAAUCAGAUUUUGGAAGCAAAACUGGAAGAUGUCUCAGAAGAGAAUAAGUUUCUUACUCAAAAUAUUGCAGAGCAUGAAAAAUUGAUUCUGGAAUACAGAGCUUACGAAAGUAAAUAUAAGUCUUGUGCUGAAGAAAGGAAAGAAUUUGAAAACUUGCUAAAAGAAGAAAGCCGUCAAAAAAGCUGUCUUCAGAAUGAAAUUAGCUCUAUGAUUGAUGACUUCAACGCAUUGAAGGAAGCAUUUGAUCAGCAGUUCUCUGCAAAUGUUGAUCUGCAGAAAACUGUUACUUAUCUUCAGGAGAAAUUGGUGGAUUUAUGCUCCAGUUUGAUUCAUUCCAAUGAGAAAAUUGAUGGCCUUGCUUUUGAUGGCAUAUCUCUACAACAUGAUCUGGAAAACAAGAACUACAUAGCUGUCUUCAUAUGUUUCAAGCAGUUCCAGCAAGAAGCAUGUAAGAAAAUACUACAGUUUCUUCAGGAGAAGAAAGAGAUGGAAGAACAAAGAGAUAUCGCUAAACUUUCACUACAUAAGACGGAAUCACAAAUUGUUUCCAUGAAGCAGAAGUUUGAAUCUGAUCUAGAAGAGAUAUCGGAGAAGCUAGAUUUGUCCAACACCUUUGUAGAAAAGCUUCAACUUGAAUCACAAGACAUUGCAGAGAAGCUAAAGAUUAGCUCAGCUGCUGAAGAGAAAAAUGCAUCAGAAAACAGAGAGUUGUCAUCAAAACUUGCAGUUCUGGAAAUUGAACUACAACAUGCUACUGAUGAAAACAGGGAUCUUGCUCAGAAGCUGCUGGUAGUGGGGAGUGUCAAUGAGGAACUUGAAAGGACAAAAAUCAGUCUUAUGAAUUGCAUGCAGGAGAAAAGAGUGUUGUUGAUGUCUGUACAGUCCGGAAAUGAGGCAUCCGUUCAGAUGGAAAAUGAGAUUAGAAGUCUAAAAGAAACUCUAAAACGUGCCCAUCAAGAUCUGCAGAUUGAAAGAAGCUUGAGAGAGGAAUCUGAGGCUGAAGUCACAAGUCUUAUAUCACAACUGAUGGAGAAAGAUCAGCAGUUGCUAUCUUUUGAAGAACAUAAGUCUCAAUCAGUCCAUCUCAAGAAAAGGGUUUUGGAUCUAGAAACUGCAAAUAUUGGGUUGCAGCAUCUUCUGUUGCAGAAUGAAGAAGACCAAACAAAAUUAGAAGAUGAGAAUUUGUUUCUUUACAAUAAAGUUGCCACUGUGGAAAAUCACUUGGAAGCUAUCCUUGAAAAUUCAUUAGCAGCUGAAUUUAAAGUUACCUAUAUGAGAAGUCAAUUCCACACCAGGAUGCAGGAGCUUGUUCAUCAACUCAAGACAUUGGAGAGGGACCUUCAGGAGCUUCAUUUAAAACAUGCAGAUGCUAAAGUCUUGCUAGAAACACAUAUGACUGGUAAAGCACAAUUAGCUGAUGAAAAUGCAAGACUAUCCACAGCUCUGCACUCAUUGAAAUCUGAAUUUGAAAGUAUUGUUUGUGAAAAAGAAGGCCUUCUGGAUUACAUUAACAAAUACAAGGCAACAUCUACAGAAGAUGAAGAUAAGAAGGCCAGAGCUGCGGCUAUUGGAGCUGGUAGUCUAGAAAGGCAAAAGUACGAAGAUGAAAUUUGGCAGCUGAAAAAUAUGCUGGCCAGUUUUGAAGAAGAGGUGGAUAAUUUGAAAAUGUCUAGAUGUGAGUUAGAAAUUAUGGGAAUAAUACUCAGAUCCAAAUUGGAUGAACAGCAAAUGCAGAUAUCAUUUCUUGAGGAAGGUGUCCAUGAGUUGGGGAAGUUAAGAGAGCAACAUAAUGAGCUCAGUUACAGACUCUCUGAACAGAUUUUGAAGACCGAAGAGUUUAAGAACCUGUCUAUCCAUCUUAGAGAACUGAAAGAUAAAGCAGAUGCUGAGUGUCAUCAAGCUCGUGAAAAAAGGGAGAUGGAGGGAUCAUCAUUUGCCAUUCAGGAAUCACUGAGAAUUGCUUUUAUCAAAGAGCAGUGUGAGUCUAAGCUUCAAGAGCUGAGAAAUCAAUUGUAUGUCUCUAAAAAAUAUGCAGAAGAAAUGCUAUUGAAAUUGCAAAAUGCUCUUGAUGAAGUUGAAAGCAGAAAGAAAACUGAGGUUGCCCUUGCAAAGAGAAUUGAGGAGCUGUCAAUGAAAAUCUCAGACUUGGAAACUGAACUACAGACAGUUACGACUGAUAGAAGAGAAUUGGUCAAAGCUUAUGACAGAAUGAAGGCUGAACUGCAGUGUACUAUGUUGAAUCUUGACUGCUGCAAGGAAGAAAAGCUAAAGCUUGAAGCUUCUUUGCAGGAGUGCAAUGAGGAAAGAACAAAAAUCAGAAUUGAACUCGACUUGGUGAACCAAUUUUUAGAGAACAUGAUGUCAACUGAAGAUCCCCAGUCGCAAGGAGACCAUGAAUCUAUUAUUGGCAAAUCUACAUCAAUUGAGCAACUUUUGGGUGAUAGUGGUUCUGGUUUAUCAGCUGUCUACCAAGGGGCACGAAAUUCUAGAGGUAGCUGUUCUGGAAAAGAUACUGUAACCACUGCUAUGAUGGAACCCUUAGAAAAUGUUGUCAAAGACAAAGUCCUAAACACAAGUUCUAUGUUAAGCUCAUGUGGAGAUUUGGAAGAUGUACAGCCAACAUGCAGCAAUGCAAGUUCGCAUCUGAGUCCUCAACCAAGCUCACAGGUCUUACAGGAUACCAGAAGUGCACUUGAACCAGAGAUUGUGUUGAAGAAUCAUACAGAAGGAAUUGCUGGUUUCGAGGAGCAUAUCAAAGAACAGCAAAGAUUGAAGGCUGGCAUGGAGCUCCUUCAAAAAGAGUUGGAAAAGCUGAGGAAUGAGAAUUUGUCUUCUUUGCUUCCAUUAGAAGAUCAUCAUUUGGAUCCUUCCAUUCAGCAUUUACAAAGAGAAGUGUCACAUCUAGACAUGGCAAAUGAACAUUUGAGAAGCAUUUUUCCUUCGUUUAAAGAACUUCCUGGCAGUGGCAAUGCAUUGGAAAGGGUUCUUGCAUUGGAAGUUGAGCUUGCAGAAGCACUGCAGACAGAGAAAAAAUCAGACAUUCGCUUCCAGAGCUCAUUUUUGAAGCAACAUAAUGAUAAAGCAGCAAUAUUCCAAAGCUUCAGAGACAUCAAUGAACUAAUACAUGAUAUGCUUGAGUCGAAGAGGAGGCAUGCUGCUGUAGAAACUGAGCUGAAAGAAAUGCAGGGCCGAUACUCGCAGCUUAGCCUGCAGUUUGCUGAGGUGGAGGGAGAGAGACAGAAGCUCAUAAUGACACUAAAAAACAGAGUACCUAAGAAAUCAUAGUCUGUUGAUUCACUAAAGCCAGGGUGCAAAAAGCAAGUGCCAGGGUGGACAAAGCAGUGACAGCCAAUUUCUCACCAAGUGCUGCUCCCCUUUUCGAGAAGAGAGAAUAUGAUACCUAGACCAGCCUCCAUAUUUUGUAAAGGAGAUGAGGGCAGCAGGUGAAGCAUAGUCAAGCAUAGAAUACCUAUCUACUGUAUAUAUUUGAGUGUAAGCUUGGUCUUGAAGCAUCAAUGGCUGAGGCUUAUUUGGGUUGUGUAAAUAAGAUAAGCUGCUGCUUGUCUCGGUUAUGCAUCUAAACGAGCUGAUUCAUAUGUUCCAACCAAAGUCUGAUAUAUGAUUUAUUUCUUGUAUACCUCAUGUAAUUCCUUGUAUUUUACAGCAAAUAUAGAAAUUUGUUAUUGAUCUUGUAGCAUUUGCAAUUUAAUUUGCUUAAAAA